AUGCCUUCCAUUCUUUCUCGCCCUGAGCCCCUCUCAAUGGAGAAGAGCAAAACCCUACUUGGGGAUGAUGCGAUCCUCCCCCACCCUCUCAUGUUCUCUCUGAUCCGGAUCUUGGGUCUGAUCUUCGUGGACCCAUUUAGAUUAAACAUGCUGAGUGGGCUCAACUUUCAGCCCGUUAAGCACGACGUCGCGCGGCUCGCGCCGUAUAGUGAGGUCAUGGCUCAUUGGCCCAGGGACAACCAGAGCAGGCUGAGGUUCAGAAGGCUCGAGUUCGUCGACGAGGUGUUUGGGACGGAGUCCAUUGAGUUCGACGUCGAGGGUAUCAGGCCUUACGCGGGUCUAGCCGACGAUCGGAUUGUUCGGUGGAUGGGUGAGGCUGUAGGAGGAGAGACGUUUACAGUUGUUAGCCCAAAUUGUACGCAUGUAGGCAAAUAUAAUAUAAAUCAUAUUCGAUCCGUACCCGAUCCAUUUGCAUCCUGUGACAAUGCUGUGAAGGUCAGAGAAGGUGUGUGCUAA